GAAAACAUUACCUGCUAGCAGAGGUGAGACAGCAAGACCGGUGGCAAGAGUAAUGCAGUUCUCCAGCUCAGCCAGGGCGGCAGAUGAAAACUUUGACUAUUUGUUCAAGAUUAUCCUCAUUGGGGAUUCCAACGUGGGGAAGACGUGUGUGGUGCAGCAUUUCAAAUCUGGGGUCUACACAGAGACACAGCAGAACACAAUUGGGGUGGACUUCACUGUGCGCUCCCUUGAGAUCAAUGGCAAGAAAGUGAAGAUGCAGGUGUGGGACACGGCUGGCCAGGAGCGCUUCCAAACCAUUACCCAAAGCUACUACCGCAGUGCCCACGCUGCCAUCAUCGCCUACGACCUCACCCGGCGGUCCACGUUCGAGUCUGUUCCUCACUGGAUUCAUGAGAUAGAAAAAUAUGGAGCGGCUAACUUGGUCAUUAUGCUGAUCGAGGCUUAUGGUGGGGGUACAAGUCCAUGGGACCUAGGAAACGCCAAGCAAAACCCAGCAGAAGCAGGAGCCAUAAGAGAGCCAAGCCACUGUGAAAGCCAGAACUUGAAAAUCCUCUCCUAAGGGCUUCGCCAA